AAAUAGCUUACUGAAAAGUCGAUUUCUCAGCUCACAGCUCAGUUCAUGUUAGGCACUAAGGCCUACAGUGCAACGCCAGAACUCAGUAGCCCCAAACGGGCAAAGAAACGUGCACAAUUCAAUUCAGUCAGUAAGACAUAUAGUGAUUCUCAUCCGGUUUAUACUGGUCAAUCCAGACGCCACCGUUUGCUCUGUUAGGCUUUUAGGCUUGUUUCGCUCUAAUAAAAAAGAAGUCCUCUCUCUCUCUCUCUCUCUCUCUCUCUCUCUCUAGAUUCCUUACUUCCUCGCCUGCAGGUCUCCUUCUGAAACCUCCGAUAACUAAAGCUGCAAACCUCCUAAACAUGGCGGCCUCUGCUCAGUGGCAGCCCGCCGAAGAAGGUCUCAGAGAGAUCUGCCACUUACUCGAACAGCAAAUUUCUCCUUCCCCUGAUCGCCCCCAGAUUUGGUUGCAGCUCCAGCAAUACAGUCAGCACCCCGAUUUCAAUAAGUAUCUUGCCUUCAUCUUUGCCCGUGCGGAGGGUACACCAGUGGAAAUUCGACAAGCAGCUGGUUUGCUUUUGAAAAAUAAUUUGAGAACUGCUUUCAAAUCCAUGGAGCCUUCAAAUCAGCAAUACAUAAAAUCAGAAUUAUUACCUUGCUUAGGAGCAGCAGAUAGGCACAUCAGGUCUACAGUUGGAACAAUUAUAAGUGUCAUUGUUCAACAAGGGCGGAUAUUAGGUUGGCCAGACCUCUUGCAAGCCCUCUUACAGUGUUUAGAGAGCAAUGACUUAAAUCAUAUGGAAGGUGCUAUGGAUGCUUUGUACAAGAUUUGUGAAGACAUCCCUCAAGAGCUUGAUUCAGAUGUACCUGGAUUAGCUGAACGCCCCAUCAAUAUAUUCUUGCCCAGAUUGUUCCAGUUUUUCCAAUCCCCACAUGCCUCACUCAGAAAGCUUUCCUUGGGUUCUGUGAAUCAGUUCAUUAUGUUGAUGCUGAAGGGUUUAUCUCGAUCAAUGGAUCAGUACCUCCAAGGUUUGUUUGUUCUUGCUCUUGAUCCUUCUGCGGAGGUGAGAAAAUUGGUUUGUGCUGCCUUUGUUCAGCUAAUUGAAGUUCGUCCAGCUUUCCUAGAGCCCCACUUGAGAAAUGUUAUCGAAUAUAUGUUGCAAGCCAACAAGGAUGAUGAUGAUGAAGUUGCACUUGAAGCUUGUGAAUUUUGGUCAGCAUACUGCGAUGCUCAAUUCCAGACAGAAUGCUUAGGAGAGUUUCUACCACGUCUAAUUCCAGUUCUGUUGUCAAACAUGGUUUAUGCUGAUGAUGAUGAAUCACUGGUUGAUGCGGAAGAAGAUGAGUCUUUCCCUGAUAGAGAUCAGGAUCUGAAGCCUCGUUUUCAUUCAUCAAGAUUUCAUGGGGCAGAUAACAUGGAGGAUGAUGAUGAUGACAUUGUCAACAUUUGGAAUCUGAGGAAAUGCAGUGCAGCUGCCCUAGAUAUCCUUUCAAACGUGUUUGGAGAUGAGAUUCUUCCAACACUGAUGCCUCUUGUUCAGGCUAAGCUAGCUACUGCAGAUGACAACACCUGGAAGGAUAGGGAAGCUGCUGUUCUAGCUAUUGGUGCCAUAGCUGAGGGUUGCAUUAAUGGUCUUUACCCUCAUUUAUCUGAGAUGGUGGUAUUUCUCAUUCCUCUUUUGGAUGAUAAAUUUCCUCUCAUACGUAGCAUCACAUGUUGGACACUCUCUCGAUAUAGUAAAUUUGUUGUUCAGGGUAUUGGCCAUCAAAAAGGCCAUGAACAAUUUGAGAAAGUUCUUAUGGGUCUUCUGCGAAGAGUAUUAGACACUAAUAAGCGGGUCCAAGAAGCUGCUUGUUCAGCGUUUGCUACACUUGAAGAGGAGGCAGCCAAAGAGUUAGUACCACGCUUGGAGGUUAUUCUGCAGCACCUCUUGUGUGCUUUUGGAAAAUAUCAGAAACGGAACCUUCGGAUGGUAUAUGAUGCUAUUGGUACAUUGGCAGAUGCUGUUGGAGGGGAACUCAAUCAGCCAAGGUAUCUUGAUAUUUUGAUGCCUCCAUUAAUCUCGAAGUGGCAGCAACUUUCAAAUUCGGACAAAGAUCUUUUUCCAUUGCUUGAGUGCUUUACAUCCAUUGCACAGGCACUAGGUCCCGGAUUCUCUCAGUUUGCUGAACCUGUAUUUCAGAGGUGCAUAAACCUCAUCCAGACUCAACAACUGGCAAAGGUUGAUCCUUUGUCAGCUGGGGUUCAAUAUGAUAAAGAGUUCAUUGUUUGUUCUUUGGACUUGCUUUCAGGGCUUGCAGAAGGUCUUGGGAGUGGGAUAGAGAGUUUGGUUGCGCAAAGCAACUUAAGGGACCUGCUUCUUCAAUGCUGCAUGGAUGAUGCUUCUGAUGUUCGUCAAAGUUCCCUUGCUCUUCUUGGGGACCUUACAAGGGUUUGUCCUGUUCAUUUGCGUCCUCGUUUGCCAGAAUUUCUUAAUGUUGCAGCUGAUCAACUGCGUACUCAAGAGAUGAGAGAAUUUGUUUCAGUAGCAAAUAAUGCUUGUUGGGCAAUUGGAGAAUUAGUAGUUAAGGUUCAGCAAGACAUAUCUCCUAUUGCAUUGAGAGUUGUUGAAUGCCUAGUUCCAAUUCUUAAAAAUGCAGAGGGUCUCAACAAAUCGCUUGUAGAAAAUAGUGCCAUUACUCUUGGUAGGCUUGCAUGGGUCUGUCCAGAUCUUGUUUCACCUCAUAUGGAUCACUUUAUGCAACCGUGGUGUACUGCUUUGUCCAUGAUACGAGAUGAUAUUGAGAAAGAGGAUGCUUUCCGUGGUUUAUGUGCUUUGGUUAGAGAAAAUCCAACCGGGGCUUUGAGUUCACUUGUUUAUAUGUGCAAAGCUAUUGCAAGUUGGCAUGAAAUAAGGAGUGAGGAUCUACACAAUGGAGUUUGUCAUGUGUUAAAUGGGUAUAAGCAGAUGCUCAGGAAUGGAGCGUGGGAACAGUGCAUGUCUUUAUUAGAGCCUCCAGUGAAGGACAAGUUGUCAAAAUAUCAAGUAUAAUGAUGUCCCAUCAAAAAGCGUUGUAUCACCAUGCUGGUAGUUGUCUCCAGCUUGCUUCUUCCUAGGUGUAUGUCUGUGUGAAGCCAUGAUUGGUUUGAGCAAAGGGUUUUCUCUUGUCUACAUUUAUCCAAGUGAAGUUACGCCUAGGAUGGAAGCCCAGAGUCUUAAGACUGGCCAUUCUAAAAGAGUGUUGAAUACAUGGGACAGAAGAAGCUAGUUUCAAAUUGGAUGGAAGUUGGAAGCAGGUCCGAAGGUGCGGUUUUUCAACUACAAAUAUGGUUUUGAAUUUUGAUAUAGGUGUCAUUCAACCCUUUUAAUUCAUUUACAGUUCAUCGUUGUCAUGUUUAUACGUCAGUGGUGAGUUUUUUUCCCCUUAAUUGUCUGUAAUUUCCAUUGAUUUUUCAAUUUUUUUUUUUUUUUGGGGGGGGGGGUACCAUAAGUUUCAUUUUUUUCCUUACUUUUGGGGAUUGUUAUUUUAAUUUAAAGAUGUAACAAUGUUUCUGUGUUUUCCACCAGCUUAUCGGCAUUAACCAGAUGGUCAGGUUGGUAUUCGUGGCCUUUGGAUUUCAUUAUUUGAUUGGAAGUACAUUUUAUUUCACUUUUAAAUCAGUUGAGUGUAAGCAGUUCCUGCUUUUGUUUGUGACAAUUAAUCUGUUUUAAUCAAGGUUCAAAAUAUCAGUAUCACAAAGUCACAGAGUGUAUUUAAUACUUGGAAAUGGAUUGAUGCACUUUAGAUGUGCAUGGAUAGUGGAAGAUUUGGAUACACUUGGAUGCAUGAAGGAAAUUCUCAUAUAUACAGACAAGAAACUUUAUAUGAA